AAAUGAAAUAUAAAUUUUCAUAAAUAAUUUUGUUUAUUUAUAUUUUAAUUUUUGUAAAUUAAAUUGUGAGAAUAUAUUAUUAUUUUUAAAUCUAUAUUAAAAAAAUAUAAAAGUAUUUCAUAUGCAACUUUCCAUAUUCGGUAGAUUUAAAAAAAAAAAAAAGGCAAGGAUCAUUUUACAAUGCACAAAAUUGUUGUGCAAUGAAUUUGCAUCGUCAAUUCACUCACUCACACUGUGUGUUUGUUGAGAACAAUUGGAAAUGGAAGAAAUAGAGCACAAGCACAUAGAAGUGGGAGGGCUGAAGCUUCACGUAGCCGCCAUCGGAACUGGUUCUUCGGUUGUGGUGUUCCUUCAUGGGUUUCCUGAGAUAUGGUACACCUGGCGCCACCAGAUGCUCGCCGUCGCCUCCGCCGGAUUCCGUGCGAUCGCGCCUGAUUACAGAGGUUACGGACUCUCCGACCAGCCUCCCCACCCCGACAAGACUUCCUUCGCCGAUCUUGUCUCCGAUCUCCUUGCCAUUCUCGAUUUCCUUGGCAUCAGUAAGGUUUUUCUUGUUGGGAAAGAUUUUGGAAUUCGACCAGCUUACCUUUUUGCCCUUCUCCAUCCUGAGAGGGUCUUAGGAGUGAUAACAUUGGGGGUGCCAUAUUUGCCACCAGAAACCCCCAAUUUCAGUAAAUACCUUCCUGAAGGCUUCUACAUUUCAAGAUGGCAGGAACCUGGGCGAGCCGAAGCUGAUUUUGGUCGCCUUGAUGCUAAAACAGUUGUACGGAACAUCUACAUCCUCUUCUCCAGAAGUGAGAUACCAAUAGCUGCAGAAAACCAGGAGAUCAUGGAUUUGGUGGACCCAUCAACUCCUCUUCCCCCAUGGUUCACAGAGGAAGACCUUGCAACCUAUGGAACUUUGUAUGAGAAAUCUGGUUUCCAAACUGCAUUGCAAGUCCCAUAUAGGGCAUCUCGAGAACAGUUCAGCAUAGCAGAUCCUAAUGUUAAAGUUCCAGCCCUGCUGAUCAUGGGGGAUGAGGAUUAUUUCUUCAAAUUUCCAGGGAUAGAGGACUACAUAAAGAGCGGAAAGGUGAAAGAGUUUGUCCCUGAUCUGGACAUCACGUUCUUGCCUGAAGGAACCCAUUUUGUUCAUGAGCAAUUCCCUGAUCAGGUGAAUCGGCUAAUUCUCACAUUCCUCAAAAACCAUGUUUGAUCACGAACGAAUGCUUUUGAUGGAGGUUAUCUGCCAGUGAUAUCUAGACAUGUUUAAGGUUAUACAAAGUGCUUGAAAUUUUGAAUAAAUUCCCAAUAUGAUUGCUGCAUUAAUUCUGUCGAAAA